GACAUCAACAAUAACUUUGGCGAAUCAGCAGACAAAUUUAUAUAACUUACGGCGAAACAUUCCGACUGUUCCUCUCAUGAAAAAGGCAGCGCCCUUGGAUUCUUUGGACGCGGUCAGAUGCAGAGGCCGUACGAGGAUAAGUACUACUUUUAGCCUCAAGGUUGGAGAUCAGUGAUAUCACCAGCGGCAUCCAUCUGGUGUUGAGAACUGUAUAGGGCGACGCUGGGGAUGGAAGUGAAGGAAGAAACCACUUGUACAAUAUUUUUUGGAGGGGAAAUAACUUGACCGUCAAAUAACAGGCGAUUAUGUAAAGUCCCGCUACGCCAGGCACGCUUCUCAGUCAGGACUUGCACUUGUUCAAACUUCACAGACCAAACUUCUUGUGACCACCACUAUGCUGGACCCUUUCUUCGAUAGACUGUCUUUAGACGGAACUAUAGGAACCGAGACUCGCCUGACCUUCCUCGUGGGAGCUGCAGUACUUUUUCUCGUCCUCUAUCGCUCUAUUCCCCUCUCGCUUCUGAUACCAAAGGCCACAAUGCAACGGCCCCCAGUGUUAACGGUUCCGGUACAAGGUCGAGAAAUAACCAUAGACUCAUCUCGCCUGCACAAGCCAAACUUUGGCUACAAUGUGACUGUUUCGAAACUGUUGAUCCACCCGAUCAAGAGCUGCCGAGGACUGUCUGUUACAAAUGCUCGGUAUACCCCUGAGGGUCUAGAGAACGAUCGGCAAUGGUCCAUCGUGGACGCGGUAACUAAAAGCGUUAUAACGGCGCGUGAAGUGUCAAAAAUGGUGCUAAUCACACCGCAGAUUGAAACAGACGAUAAUUCACCAUACGGUGGGGUAUUGCAUGUUUCCUUUCCUGAGGACUCGAGGUGCGACUCAUUUGACGUGCCGUUACGUCCAUCCAAGGAGAUGUUGAAGACUUGGCAAUCGUUUGAUGUCGCGAUGUGGGGGUCCGACAUAGAUAGCCAUGUCUGUGAAGCCGUCUCGCUACCGCCCGAGCCCUCGAAAUCGCCAUCAGCCAUCCUUUCAUCAUACUUCGAAAAGCCUGUACACCUGGUGUUCAAGGGAAAGCGACCGCGGAACUGUGCCCCAACUGCGGCAUUCCCAGAACUUAAAGCCACAGCGGUGUACCAGGAUGGAUACCCUCUUCUUGUGUUGUCUCAAGAAAGCAUGAAUGUAUUGGAGGAAGAGCUACGCAAUCAGGUGGGUAAACAAGGGAUUGAUGAACACUGGAGAACAGAUAAAUUGAUGAUAGAGAGGUUUAGACCCAAUAUCGUUUUCAAAGGCGCAGGUCCGUUUGCGGAGGACAUGUGGGAGGAGAUUGCUAUCGAGUCCGGGCCGGUUUCAGAUGCACCUGGGAUUCUCGUUGUAUCGAAAUGUGUUCGAUGCCUGUUGCCCAAUGUUUCUCCAGACACGGGUGUCAGGGAUAAAGCUGUUCCGUAUAAGGUUCUCAUGAAGGUCAGAACCGGUAUUGAUCCUGCGAACAAGAUGAAACCUUGUGUUGGAUGCAAUGGGGUUCCCUUGGGAGAGGGUGUGAUAAGGCUGGGUGAUAAAGUGGUUAUCAAACGGAUGGUGGGGAACGUUGGAAACGGUGUUGAUACUAAUAGCUCCUAGAUAAGGAUAUGCCGAUUAUAACACUAAUCAUUCCUUACAGUUGUGCCUAAAGGCGUAAUCAAUUUGCACAAGAUUUAUAGGGUCUCAAGCGUGCCUACGAUGGAUCUUGAGAUACAGUUAUAGAGA